AUGGUGGUUCCAGCAGGAAAGACUCCACGAGAAUUGAAGAGCCUCUCUGACAUAGAUGACCAAGAGGGGCUACGUUUCCAGCUUCCUGUGAUCAUGUUCUACAGAAAAUUGUUCUGUUGUGGAAGGAAAGGCGCUGCUAGGGUUAUAAGAUAUGGUUUAGGUGAGGCACUGGUGCACUAUUACCCUCUUGCUGUUAGUCUCAGAGAAGGGCUUAACAGAAAGCUUAGGGUGGACUGCAGUGGUGAGGGGAUCUUGUUGGUGGAAUCUGAGGCUGAUGUUUCGCUGAAGGAGUUAGGGGAUAAGAUUCUGCCACCAUGCCCUUAUAUGAGGGAGUUUCUUCUUGAUGCUCCUGGAUCACAAGGCAUUCUUGGAUGCCCUCUCUUGUUGGUUCAGGUAACCCGUUUAAGAUGUGGAGGAUUUGUUUUCGCUGCACGCAUGAACCACACAAUCUGUGACUCACUCGGGUUGGUCCAAUUUGUGAGCAUGGUGGGUGAGAUUGCGAGAGGAGCUUCUGUAUCACAGUUCCCUGUGUGGCAAAGAGAGUUAUUCAGUUCAAGGGACCCACCAAGAAUCACUUGUGCACACCACGAAUAUGAAACCGAACAUUGCCAGAGAGAGACAUGA